AAAGUUUUUCUGUUUGAGCUUAGAAACUUUAGUUAAAUUGAAACAUUGUAGGUACAAAUAUGACACCACGUGUAUCAACACCUGUUCUAAAGACAACAGAGUUGCAAACAACAAUGAGAGAAGGAUCAACACCCCCAACUCUGCCUUCAGAAAAGCAGAACAGUCAUCCAGAUGUAUCGGCUGAUGGUGUGUAUAACGUACAUUCAAGACCCCAGAGAAGUUUGUAUGUUCAGGAUCUGGGAGGCAUGGAGGAACCAAAAACCAUAGGUUUCCUUAUCUGGGCGCUAAUAACAACGCUGACCGUGUUGGUCUUUAUUUUGCGACUGCUCACCCGCAUGAAUCACAGAUGUUGUGCUCACAACAGUGCAGACGCAGCUGACCAACUAGAUGCUUGGAGCCAUACUACUGUGCAACUAGGAACUGAGACCCACACUACUGUGCAACCAGGAAGUGAGACCCACGCUACUGACCCUGAAAUAUUACAUGCAACACUUAAUAACUUCAAGACGCACUUAUCAAAGCGAGGCUACUCUACUUCGGAAAUUGAUCCUAUUAUCAAGGAAACGGUCAACACAAACCGAUCAGAACUCAUCAUCAAAAAGACUAAAGAACAGUCAUUACGUAACCCUACAAGAAUCAAUUGCAAUGAACCAUACAAAAUUCAGAACUGA